AUGUCCCACGAGAUUCCUCCACCGAUACUGCAUGGACAUGGCUCGAUCUACCUGGAUACCAGUAUCAACUUCGAGAGCUACCAUUAUUGGGCAAAGCGCUCUCGUGAGGUUGAAAAGAAUAUGCGAACCGAUAACGUCGGCCUCGCUUCACUGGGCAGUGUUAUCAUCGGCAAAAAGUCCAAAGCGUCACCACCAUCCGAUACCGCUGCUACCACUACCAACGAGAAAAACGGCGCCCCAGAACCCUCGAACCAAACCGUGAAUAGCGAUGCCUCAGAUAGCUGGGGCGUGACCGAAACUGAGUGGGAACAGGCACAGAGAGCAGGCCGGACCGCAACUUGGGGCUCCAUCUUCUACUUGAUUACCACUGAUAUCUUGGGCCCCACCAAUGUGCCAUGGGCAAUCAGCAAGAUGGGAUAUGGGCCUGGCUUUGCUCUAUACACUGCAUUCGGUGCCAUGGCGUGUUACUCUGGCAUGCAAUUGUGGCACAUGUUCGUCGGCCUGGAUUCAACUCGAUUCCCCAUGCGCAAUUAUGGCGAUGUGGCGUUCCGAGUGUUUGGCAGCUGGGCUCGUAUCAUAGUCAACUUUUUGCAAAGCUUUCAAUUUUUCCUGAACGUGGCCCUUUUGAUCACUAGCAACGGACAAGGUUUGGCGCAGAUGGCAGCUGGUGUCAAUGGCAAUGGAUUUCUUUGCUUCAUUGUUGCUGAGGUGAUUUUCAUGCUCAUCGGAUUCAUUCUAGGCCAAAUUCGCACCUUGCAGCGCCUUUCUUGGCUGGCAAACAUUGCCAUUUGGCUGAAUGUUAUUGUCAUUAUAAUGACCAUGGCCGUCGUUCACCAAUAUCCUCCGAACUACGAGGCAGUUGAACAAAGCUACAACAUCCCCAAGGGCCCUGUGGUAACAACUGCCAACUGGCCUGAAUCUUCCACCCUCAAUGAUAAAGUGAAUGCCAUGAUGAACGGUGUUUUCGCGUACGGUGGUGCGACAUUAUUUAAUGAACUCAUGGCUGAGAUGAGACGGCCUUAUGAUUUCUGGAAGGGAUUUAUCUGCGCCGAAAUUUUCAUCUAUGCUUGCUAUUUGAUCAUGGGCAUGGUUGUCUACAGUGCACAAGGACAAUUUACCUUCAACCCUGCUUAUCAAGGCAUUCCGAAUAGUGCUUAUCGGUUCCAAACUCUUGGAAACGCAAUUUCCUUUAUCACCGGCGUUAUCGCCGCUCUGCUUUAUGGAAAUAUCGGAAUCAAGGUAUUCUAUUCUGCGGUUCUUCGCGAUGUCUUCCACUUUCCCCCACUGGAUAGCCGUCGGGGGAAAUGGCUAUGGAUUGCGCUCGUCCCGAUCUACUGGUGUCUUGCAUGGAUCAUCGCUGCCGCAAUUCCCCAAAUCAGCAACCUGACCUCUUUCGUCGGCGCCGCCUACGCAAUGUUACCCGAGGAGGAGUACAAUCCGCAGACUGGUGAAGUCAACCGCGUGGAUCAUGGUAUCAAACGCUGGAUCCGAGGAUACAAGAAGAAGUUCGUUUGGAAUACAUUUGACGUAAUCUACUCGCUUGCUGCGCUGUCAUCCGCUGGACUGGGUAUCUGGGCAUCUGUCACCUCAAUGCGCGAAAGCUUUGCAAGUUCAGCACUGACGCCGUUUACCUGCGCGAACCCAGCUGGAUGA